CCGCAGUCGAGAGUAACGUUUCGUACGUACGAGGCGGUUUUCGUUCAGCAGUACCGUGCGCGACAUUCGGAAUGCGCGUUGGUCGUCUGCGCGACCCGUUGACUCGCGAAACGUAGGGCAGAAGCUACACAUCUUUCACCAGCAGUGGGAUAGGCCAACAAACAAAAUUGCGUGAAAAUUACGUCCAAUUUUCAAUUCCGGACUGGGAAAACUUAGCCGUGUGAAAGCGUACCCAGUGCAGCACGAAACUGGGCGAGCUAGUUCUUAAACCAUACGCCCCUCAGACGAAGCUUGUUCCGUGUCGCGUGUGAAGCGCAGUGAUAGUUUGUGUGUGACCCAUUGCACGAAUUUUCUUUUACCUGGUGGUGGAAAAUUUGUUCUAGGAUCGUCUGCAAAAGUCCAGCACACAAUGUGGGCACGUACGCUGCGAAUCAUACAGUCGUGGCGGUGACGGCGGAACUUUGUCCAUUAAAACUCGUCUACCUUCGCCAAUCCCGGUCUCUGUCUGUGCCGGAUUUUCUUUGUGUGUUUGUCUGUGGAUGUAUGUGUGCGUUAAUAUUGAGGAAAAUUCCCUCAGGAUAAGGCAAACAGUACCUCGAAACGUUCUGCAGGAAAAACGCAGGUUUGAAAAGAUUCCACGACGUUCUGGCGAGGGGCCGCACCGUUUGGCUUUCUUUUUGUCCCACAUCCGUUUAGUGCAUCAAACGUGUUCUUCCACAAUUUGCUUUCGUCGCGGCUUUGAUGUCUUCCAUUUUGGAAAACCAUUUCCUCUCACCAUCUUCUUGGUGAAAGAAAAUACAUUUCAAUUUUAUGCGUCCAUCGGGCAAGGCUCAGCAAUUCAUGGUUCUACCGUUUCUUUUUGUGUCCGCCCGCGUGACGGUGUUUUAGUGAAAGUGGUUUUUAAUGUGUGAUAAAAGUGCAAAAAGUCAAUUUACAUCGUAAGUGAGUUUUUCAAAGUCCAAGCCGGAAAGCAGCAUUUUGCCCAACAACUUCAAGUGGGGCUUCCAAGUGGAGUACGCUUUUAUGCACCCGUUACAACCAAUGCCCAACGGCGGGGCGCGUUAACGUCCGAAGGUCAGCAACAGCAGGAAGACAAAGUUGCUCCCAGUAAUGAUAGUGAUAAGCUAAUUGUGCUAGUGUUCGAGUGCGCUUGAAGAAAGAAAACUAAACACACACUCGUUCACACUCCCACAUACACGCAGUCUCAGCUAAGAAGCCAAAAUCAGCGCAAGUGUCCUUGCAAGGCAUCCUUCAAUUAUAAUCAAGUCAAAUGGAUACAAAUCGCUAGCAUCUAACAGCUCGCUAGCUCGUGCUACGAAUUACUGACCUCAUACCCCACCGUCUUCCGCUCCCGGGCCUUCUGGGCGCAGUUCAUCGAUUUUUGUGUGCUGCUGCUCAGCUGCUCGGCGGCUCCCAACUGGUACAAAUCCCAUCGACAGUGUAUGUGUGUGUAUGUGUCCGUGUGUGGAUAAAUGUUUGUACACUGUGGUCCAGGCAGUGCCCGCUACGCCUCGCCGGUUCCGUUAAGGCAUCUGUUAGCGGCUGGUAAAAGCUGGACCGAGCUAUAUAAACUUGCAUAAAAAUUCCACUUCAGAUUGAACCUACCGAAAAGGUAGCGGUUGGAAGUGUACCGGUCAAGCACCGUUACGAUUGAACGAUUUGAUUGCCGGGCUCCAAUUGCUGGAGCGAGUGGAGUUUUGCAGAUUUUAAACCACCGCAAAGUAAUAAAAGUUUAACAAAACAUGAAGGACACCGCCAACCGGCGCUAUCGUUCGCAACGACCCUGGAUGAUGGAUCACGGCGUAGUGGACGAGGAAGCUCCGAUAGAUCCGAGGCUCAAAAAUCGGACAUUUACCGCCGAUCAGGACUUUGAAGGUCACCGAGCGCACACCGUUUUCGUUGGCGUCCACAUUCCGGGCUCAUCCCGGCGACAUUCCCAGCGGCGUUGGCAUAAGCACCACCAGGCGAGCCGGGAAAAUGGCGACAAGGGUAGCACGGGAUCGGAAGCGGAACGGCCUGUCGUUACGAUACCCCACGUCGUCACACAACGAAGAAUCAGCAUCGUUGAUGAUGGCGAAUCUUUUACACCACCCGCACAAAGAGUACAAUUCAUCCUGGGCGGUGAGGUCGGCGGCGAAGGCGAUGGCACGCAGCACGAGUCCCACCCGCUCUUCUCCGAGAUGGAGGAGCUGGUCAAGGAAGGGGACGAGAUGGCCUGGAAGGAAACGGCACGCUGGGUAAAGUUCGAGGAGGACGUCGAGGAGGGCGGCAACCGGUGGUCCAAGCCGCACGUGGCCACGCUCUCGCUUCACUCGCUGUUCGAGCUGCGCAGCCUGCUGCUCAACGGCACCGUCAUGCUGGACAUGGAAGCGGUCAGCCUGGAGCAGAUCGCCGAGCUGGUGUGCGAAAACAUGGUCAACUCGGGCACGCUGCCGGUGGAGGCCCGGGACAAGGUGAUCGAUGCGCUGCUGAAGCGCCACAAGCAUCAGCACGAGUUCGGCAGCAAGAAGAGCCGGCUGCCGCUGAUCCGCUCCCUGGCCGACAUUGGAAAGAAUCAUUCGUCUUCAAAGAACGACAUUUCACCAACGGCUUCCCACAGUGGCGGUGCAAGUGGUACGGCCGCAGGUGCCAGCAACGCAGGAUCCACCGUUGGAGUUACCACCUGGUUCCAUGCCGGUGCUUCAAGUUCCGCCAGCUCGACGAGUGCGCCCGCUGGAAGAGUUGAAGACCAAGCGAAUACUAACAGUCCACCGAACAGUAGUAGCGCUACUAGCAAUGGCAGUAACCCGAAUGCAUCCGGCAAACCGCCGACCAAUGGCAACAGUGGCAGCGGCAAACACUUAACCGUCCCUGGGCGGGCCGCCGGAGAAAAUAUGACGCAAAGUCCGAGCAACGUGUCGAUGCCGCGCAACGCCAGCUCAGGCGAGCUGCAGAACGGCGAGCAUAAAACGAACACACACUUCAUGCGCAAAAUUCCGCCCGGCGCCGAGGCGAGCAACAUUCUCGUGGGCGAGGUUGACUUUCUCGACAAGACGCUGUCGGCGUUCCUGCGGCUCAACACCGCCUCGGUGAUGGGCGACCUGACCGAGGUGCCAGUACCGACCAGAUUUAUCUUCAUCCUGCUCGGACCGCCCGGCAGCCAUGGCAGCUUUCACGAAAUUGGCCGCGCCAUGGCGACCCUCAUGUCGGACGAGAUAUUCCACGAAGUUGCCUACCGCGCGAAGAGGCGCGAGCAUCUGCUCGCCGGCAUUGACGAGUUUCUCGACGCGGUCACGGUGCUGCCACCGGGCGAGUGGGAUCCUUCGAUUCGAAUAGAGCCGCCGGCCGCCAUACCCUCGCAGGAGGUACGCAAACGGCCGCCCGAGAAGAACCCCAAGGAAGAGAUCGACGAAGAGCUGGAGGAGCAGCGGCAGCGCGAGGAGGCGGGCCUGUCCCGCACGGGCCGCCUUUUCGGUGGGCUGAUCAACGAUCUGAAGCGGAAGGCACCGUUCUAUCUGUCCGACUUCAAGGACGGCCUGUCGAUGCAGUGCGUCGCGUCGUGGAUCUUCCUGUACUUUGCCUGCCUGUCGCCGAUCAUCACGUUCGGCGGGUUGCUGGGGACGGCCACCGGCAACAAUAUUGCGGCGAUGGAAUCGCUCGUGUCGGGCUUCGUGUGCGGCAUCGGGUACGGGUUCUUCUCCGGCCAGCCACUCACGAUACUCGGCUCGACCGGUCCGGUGCUGGUGUUCGAGACGAUCGUGUACGAGUUUUGCCAGAAGGUGGGCUGGGACUAUCUGACGUUCCGGUUCUGGAUCGGUACCUGGAUCUCGAUCAUUCUCGUCGUGCUGGUGGCGGUCGACGCGAGCGCGCUGGUUUGCUACAUCACGCGCUUCACGGAGGAAAACUUUGCCUGUCUGAUCGCGGUCAUCUUCAUCUACAAGGCGAUCGAAAACGUGUUUCACAUCGGGCAGGAGUAUCCGCUGAACACGGCGGGCGGGAAGUAUGAUUGUGCGUGCCUGCCGCCGGCAGCGCAUGAGCUAACGCCGGAAGCCGUCCAUCAGUGGGCACAGUACGAUCUGCGAACGUGUAAGACCCUCAACGGAACGCUAACCGGUGCCGACUGUGACAAACCCGAGUACGUGUCGGACGUCUUCCUUAUGUCGAUCGUGCUGUUCCUCGGCACGUACAUCAUCUCGGUCAUCCUGAAGGACUUUAAGAAUGCGCUGUUCUUCCCGGCCGUUGUGCGCCAGUUCAUUAGCGACUUUUCUGUCACGAUCGCGAUCUUCUCGAUGACGCUGCUGGACGUCUUUACGCGCAUCGCCACACCGAAGCUGGACGUGCCGAGCGAGUUCAAGCGCACGAUCCCGGACCGCGGCUGGAUCAUCAUGCCAUUCCACGAGAGCAAUCCGGCCUGGUCGUCGGCCCUCGCGAUCCUGCCCGCCCUGCUCGGCACGAUACUGAUAUUCAUGGAUCAACAAAUAACGGCUGUGAUAAUCAAUAGGAAGGAGCACAAACUCACCAAAGGUUGUGGCUACCAUCUCGAUCUGUUCGUGCUGUCCUGUCUGAUACAGAUCUGCACCAUGAUGGGUCUGCCCUGGUUUGUUGCUGCCACCGUGCUCAGUAUUAAUCAUGUCAAUUCCCUCAAGAAAGAGUCCGAGACGGCGGCACCGGGCGAGAAGCCGCAGUUUAUCGGCGUACGGGAGCAGCGCGUCACCCACAUACUGAUCUUCCUCAUGAUCGGAUGCUCGGUGCUGCUGACCCCGUUGCUAUCUCACAUUCCCAUGCCGGUGCUGUACGGUGUGUUUCUGUACAUGGGUGUGUCGGCCCUCAAGGGGCUACAGUUCUUCGAUCGGCUGCUGAUCAUGCUGAUGCCUGCCAAGUACCAGCCGGACUACAUGUUCUUGCGACAGGUCCCCAUUCGGCGGGUGCAUCUGUUCACCAUGAUACAGCUGGCCUGCUUUGCCGUGCUGUGGCUGAUCAAAUCGUUCUCGAUCACCUCGAUCCUCUUCCCGCUGAUGCUGGUGGUGAUGAUUGGCGUGCGCAAGUCGCUCGACUACAUCUUUACCAAGCGCGAGCUCAAGAUCCUGGACGACAUCAUGCCCGAGAUGACGAAGCGGGCCCGGGCGGACGAUCUGCACCAGCUCGAGGACGGCGAGGACUCUGGACAGCAUUCGGCGGACAAUCUGCAGCUACCGCUGGAAAAUGGCACCGUGAACGAGAAAGGCAAGAUCAACAUAUCGGAAGAGGUCAACCGGACGACCAUCUGGAAGCAGGUCAACAACUGCAAUGUGCUCUUCACCAAGAAACAAACCCCCGUGAAACAUUCGCAACAGCAAUUAUCUAAAUUGAGUGAAACUGAAAAAAGACUGUCCACCAUGCGGGAGGAAGAUGAGGUGGCGGAUGAACCGAGUCGUCAAUUAAGUCACCAGAAGAGGACACAGAAAAUGAAGCGCGAGUUUUGGAUGAACUCCCGGUCGGGUAGCAGCAAUGGCCGUGCCAAUAGCAAUAAUAGCGCCAGCAGUAGCACCGCCGCCGCCGGAGGGAAGAUCGUUUGCGCCGAGGAGUCUGCUGCGCUAAGCCGCGGAAGUAGCAAGAGUGCUUCCGAGACGCAGGUAUAAAAUGGGACGUUUUAAAUGCCACGUUAUAGGUAUUGUUGGGGUUUUUUUUGUAGUAUCAAAUGGAGAGAGAGAGAGCGAGAGAAAGUAAGAGAAAGAGAGAAAGAGAGAAAAAGCACCAUGGAUCCUUUUACAGAUCGAUUAGGCAAAUUUGUACGAGAUUACAGGAAAGGAAGUUGAGAAGUGUGCUUUAGGCGGCAUGCAGGUGAGAUCUUCGGUACAUACCGCAGGAGUUCCAGAGUUUCGGGCGAAUAAUAGCCGACUAGACAAUUUAUCUACCCUCCUAAACAUGUAUUCUUUGCAGGAUACACUUUUUAAAUACACAAAUUUACAACCCAAAAGACUAUAGCAAAAGGACGAAAAUAAGAAAACAAAAAAGAUAGGUUGAGGCAGAGAGAAAAAGUGGGUGAGCGAAUCGAACAGGAAGAGUCAAUCAACCCCAUCAGCAUUUGUGAGUGUGAGGUUUAGCAUUUUUCUAGAACGUAAGGAACAUUCUAUAAUACAAGAAAAAGAAUCCCGGCUUUUCCGACCCACCCCUACUUUCUGUCUAGGACAAUUUGCAAAACCAUGUAAAACUAAAAUUCCAAUGGAUAAAUCAAUAUCACACUGGUAAUAAAAAUCACACAUUUAUACUAAGGUUAA